AAGAAACCGUUGUGUGUCUGUCUGCGUGUUAGGGCUGCAAGUGGAGAGGGACACGUGCCCCCCACUCCGUGCCAGGGGAGAGGUCUCCUCACCCCAUUUGCUCAUCACAAGUUCCCACUCAAGGGUCUAGGUAAACACGCGAAGUACUUUUCGUGCCCCAAUCCGGACUUCUUCCCUUAGGGGAAAGAUUGUUGACAUCCCUUGCAAGCUCCUCCUUUCCCUCCAAAUUGGAGGUCUGAUUAGCCGGUUAGGAAUGGAGUCCCCCAAGAGAGAAGGAAAUCAUUACUCAUUGAAUUGAGUAACAGACCUCCGCCCACGUCCCGUAACUCCCCUCCUCUCCCGCUCCCCCCGUGAAAACCCUUCUCUGCUCUGGUCCUGGAAUCCCCAGUCCAAGUCACCGACAUUAGGGAUCACAGUCGCUUUUGGAUGCCCAGGGAUCCAGGAUGUUUCUGGAGGACUGACAGCCAAUUCACAUAUGAAGAUUAUCAGAACACUGCAGAAUGGCUUCUGUCUCACACCAAGCACCGACCUCAAGUGGCAGUGAUCUGUGGUUCUGGAUUAGGAGGUCUGACUGAUAAAUUAACUCAGACCCAGACCUUUGACUACAGUGAGAUACCCAACUUUCCCCAAAGUACAGUGCCAGGUCAUGCUGGUCGACUGGUAUUUGGGUUCCUGAAUGGCAGAGCUUGUGUGAUGAUGAAGGGCAGGUUCCACUUAUAUGAAGGAUACUCGCUCUGGAAGGUUACAUUCCCUGUGAGGGUUUUCCGUCUUCUGGGUGUGGACACCCUGGUGGUCACCAAUGCAGCUGGAGGACUCAACCCCAAGUUCGAGGUUGGAGAUAUCAUGCUGAUCCGUGAUCACAUCAACCUACCUGGUUUCUGUGGUCAAAACCCUCUCAAAGGGCCCAAUGAUGAAAGGUUUGGAGUUCGAUUUCCUGCCAUGUCUGAUGCCUAUGACCGGAAUAUGAGGCAGAAGGCUGUCAGUGCCUGGAAACAAAUGGGGCAGCAGCGAGAGCUACAGGAAGGCACCUAUGUGAUGCUGGCAGGUCCCAGCUUUGAGACCGUGGCAGAGUCUCGUCUGCUGCAGAAGCUGGGGGCAGACGCUGUUGGCAUGAGCACAGUACCAGAAGUUAUAGUUGCUCGGCACUGCGGACUUCGAGUCUUUGGCUUCUCACUCAUCACUAACAAGGUCAUCAUGGAUUAUGAAAACCUGGAGAAGGCUAAUCAUGAGGAAGUGCUAGAGGCAGGGAAACAAGCUGCACAGAAAUUGGAGCAGUUUGUCUCCAUUCUUGUGGGUAGCAUUCCACCCCCUGGCAAUGCCCGCUGACCAGCCCUGGAGUGAUUUGGUGUCUCCCUAUGGGAUCCAAGUAGCUGAUACCUACUUUGGCUCCUUGUUGCGGUCACGUACCUCUGUUCCUAGGUAGGAGCAGAAAGAAGAGGAUGAUCCCUAUCUUUUAUCUUCCCACUUCCUCUGACCAGGCCCUUCUGGUGCCAGGUCGUCUUUUCAGAACAGUUUGUUUCCCCCCCAGUUCUUCACCGAGAGCUGGAGCCCAUGCCCUACCACAUAUCCAUGGAUAUGCCCAGGAUUUGCCUUGGGCCUUAGAGCUUCACACAGUAGCUUCUGCUAGCUUUUUGAGAUGAUACUCUCACAUUCCUGGGGGCUCAGUACUGCCUCAACCUAAUGUGCUGGAGACCAAACAAGGACCAGCCCAAUACCUCUUGUGCUUUAUGUCAUACCAUAAUGUUUUUAGAAUAAAGAGAAAGAUGAAAUAA